AUGCGACGUACUUCAAAUACCAAGCUUGACUCGAAACGAAAACAACCCAAACGAACGCCUAUUCAUAGUGCUGCUACUCCUUCUGAAUAUUUUCACCGAAAUCUCGUCGAUGCUGUCUCCAAUGUCGAAGAUUCUGAUGAAAAUGAAUAUUAUGUUUAUCCUUAUAGUGGAAGUGAACACAAUGGGAAUACGUCUGAUCACUAUUAUCGUCCUUCUGCGCCUAGGUCACUUCGAUCCAAAAAAUCCAAUACUGGACCUCAAUUACUAAGGUCUUCUCUAUCUUCUCAUGAACUCAAACAAUCAACAACACAACCACAUCGACCAAAAUUAAGAAGUUAUGUAAUGGAUCCUCAUUCAGCCAAGAAGGAAUAUGGAGCCACAAAACAUGAUGGACAAUGGCGAUCUUCACGACGGAAUCAAUCAAAACGAUAUCUUCCCACUUAUCAACAAGCUACUGAUGGAUAUGCAAGUGAUGAUGAAGAAGAUUCACUUAUCUGGCAUGAAGGUCGACGAAAACAAAAACGUCAAGGAUGUGCUCAUAUUUUAUGGACUAUAUGUGGAUCUAUUCUUCUUUUUAUUUUGAUAUGUUUUUUAGUCAUUAUUUAUGGUGGAGCCAAGCCUUUACAAGAUGUGACUAUUAGCAUGGGCCGUGUGCUAGCUUCUGACAAGGAAUUGAUCUUUGAUUUGCAUGUGACAGCAUACAACCCAAAUGGAUGGACAGUAAAUGUUGCUGAAGCUGAUAUUAGUGUAUUUGCAUUCUCUCGUGCAGAUCCAGCAGAAUACCUGGGAAGCUUUUAUCAUUUUGAUGAACCGCUGGCGUUUUCGUCCUCUAUAUUAUCUUCUCAACCAACACAAGCUGUUAGUCAAAUUCGUAUCAAAUCACCUGGAGGUGAUCAAGGUGGAAAUGAACGAUGGUCUCGUAUUAUUCGAUAUUCAUAUGGCUUAUUGGCAAGAGGUGUCCUAUCUUAUCAUUCUUUGGGUCUACCUGGUGUACACUCACAAACAGUUGCUAUCUGCAAUGUUGCCAAAGUUGAUCCUAUUACUGGUAUUGUCUCGGGAGACCCUGAUCAAGGUUAUUGUUCCAUCACCACCUAA